UAAAUUGGCAAUUUUAAAAACUAUCUAUAAUGCUAGGGAUAAAAUUCUCCGUGAUAAUUUUCAAGGUCAUACACCAAUUCAGGCUCUUCUUAAUAAGCUUGUAGAAGGAAACUUUGAACAUAACUAUCAAUGUAAUCAAAAUGACAAUUUAACCCAUUUCUUUUUUGCACAUUCUAAAUCAAUUGCACUUACCAAAACAUAUAACUCUGUUCUUUUAAUAGAUUGUACAUAUAAGACCAACAAGUUUAAGAUGCCAUUGCUUCACAUUGUUGGUAUGACAAGUUUUAACACCAUAUUCUCCUCCUGCUUUGCAUUCUUAAAAUCAGAACAAGAAAACGACUAUGUGUGGGCCCUUAAUCGUGUUGCUCACAUUUUCAGAAACAUUCCAAAGCCUAAAGUUAUUGUAACAGAUUGUGAAUUAGCCUUAAUGCAUGCUGUAUACACUGUGUUUCCUAAAUCUCAAAUUGUUUUAUGCAUUUGGCAUAUUGAAAAAAAUGUGCUGACUAGCU